AUGAGAAGACCGUGUUCAUCUGGUUCUUGUGCAUCCUCGAGCACUUACUCCAUGCCUCCAGGUGGAAUCUGUGCUUGUGGGGAACUAAUUGUGUACCUGACAUCUCACACUCCUGAAAAUCCAGGAAGACAUUUCUGGAGAUGCAGGAAUUUCAAGACCCCCAAGGACUGUGGUUUCUUCCUGUGGGAUGAGGAUGCAGGAGUCCAAAGUUCAGGAACACAACGUGUUGUUGAUAUGUUGAGGACAGAGUUGGAAGAUUCAAAGAACAAAUUGGAUGAAUUGAAGAAGAAAUUGGAGGAUACAAAGAUGAAAUUUGAGGACACAAAGAUGAAAUUGGAGGAAAGCAAGAACAAAAUUAGCAAGCUUCAAAGGAAGCUUGACUGUGAGCUGCUGAAUAAGAAAAUGGCCUUUGCAGCCAUACUGAUUGUUGUGUUAGCUUGGGUUGUUAGCUUUUGCUUCCUUUAUGGAAGAAAAAUGUAA